AUGAUGCUUGAAAGUCUCAAUAUUCCAAACCUCAAAAUCGAUAUUCUUGAGGCAAACUCUAGGGUUGGCGGCCGUAUAUUCACUCAUCGGUUCAGCAACGACGACGACGACUAUUACGACGUCGGGGCCAUGAGAUUUCCCAAAAUCGCCAUAAUGAAACGGGCUUUCGACCUUUUUAAAAUGACUAAAAUGGAAAUCAUUCCAUACUAUCUCGAUGGAGGACCAAGCUGUCCAUCGUUAUUUAACGACCGAUUGUUUGUCCCCGAUACUAAAGACCCUUUCCACAUCAGCAACAGUAACGGAGGAGUGGUGCCUGAUAAUCUGGCUCAUCCGGACGACGUUGGCGCGGCCAUGAAUGCGGUGUUCGAGCCAUACAAAACGGCUUUAGAAGAGGAUUUUGACAGAGGAUUCAGACUAUUACUGUCUGUCGAUGAUUUCAGUACCAGAGAAUAUCUUAGACGAGGUGGACCAAACGGCGAUAGAGAGUCACGUUACGAUUUCCAUACUAUCCAAUGGAUGGAGACUCUAUCGACAGGAACCAAUUUAUUUGACCAAGCAUUCGCCGAGAGCGUCGUGGAUUCGUUCCAUUUCGACGGUUCGAGCAAUGCUGACCCUGCAACAUGGUGGCGCAUCAAGGGAGGAACGGAGCGACUUACACAUGAGAUGCAACGUCGGCUGCGUACCAAAGUUCAAACCGGAAAAAGAGUGGAAGGCAUUUAUAUGAAUCCUGACAGCGCCGCAAGGGAAGCAAGUAUGUCUGUCAUGUGUGCUGGGGAGAGAAAGAAACGAGAGGGCUACCACACCGUCUUCAAUACUACAUCACUUGGAUGCCUUGGCCGUAUGGAUAUGACUACUCUGGAUCUUCACCCCGUACAGAGAGACGCGAUAAGGUCACUUCACUACGAUGAUUCGACCAAGGUAGCACUCAAGUUUAGCCACCCCUGGUGGAUCGACCACGGCAUCACACAUGGGGGUGCGGGCUCGACUGACAGACCUAUCCGUGUGUGCGUCUAUCCAUCCUACGAAUCGAAUGACAAAGAUGAGAUACUCAAGAAACCCGCAGUGCUCUUAGCUUCAUACACGUGGUCUCAGGAUGCAACCAGGAUGGGAUCACUGCUCCAACCAGGGGCUGUGCAUCCAAAGGAGGCAGAACUUGUGGACCUUAUUCUGAGGGACUUAGCAAGCCUACACAACCUUGCAUACGAUGAUCUCAAGAAGCUGUACAUUGGCGUACACCACGGCUUCUCAUGGUCGCAAGACCCCUUUACAGCAGGAGCCUUUGCACUUUUCGGCCCGGGGCAGUUCAGCAACUUUUAUCCUUACCUCACUCGGCCUGCCUCCAAGGGUAACUUUCACAUUGUUGGUGAGGCUGCUAGUACCCAUCAUGCCUGGGUCGUUGGCUCUCUCAAUAGCGCCUACGCCGCCGUGUACAAGUUCUUGCUUCAGCAUCAUCUCUUUCAGUACAUGGACCGCCAUACACAACUAUGGGGCACAGUCGACGAAUUUGACAGUAGCGAAACGGGAAUAGCGCACCUGCAGGUGGCUUUGGCUCAUCUUGAGGAGGGUGAGAAGCUGAAGAUUUAA